CUGUCAAAUUUCCGAAAUUCAGAUUUUUAUACAUUUUGAAAGCCUGUCCUCCACUCUAUCGACUGGCGAAAUUUGAGACCAUAAUUCGGUUUAUUUUAAGAAUAAGAGCAAAUUCAAAUUUCACCGAAAACGUCCUAUCGCCUCGAGUAAUUUUACGAAGUGACCUAAACCUUCGUGACUGUUCGUAAAAUCACAGUUGGCGCGCUAUGUUUUGUUACGAUCCGUCCUAUCCAGUGUAAACAAGACCACGGACUCAUCGAACUUUACUUACAAGGGAAAUCACACUAUUUUCAGGAGCUGAUCGCCGUGGAACAAAUCCUUGCAUGGAUGAGAUUGAUGUGGUGGUCCAGUGGGACCGCGACAAGUCCAAAAACACAGUGGCCUUGAACGACCUGGUGCUGAGGAAGAAUGCUUCCCUGAAAAUUGGAGCUACUGUAAAGAUGAAAUGGAGAAAGGGGUGGUGGAAAGGGAGGGUGGAGCAAAUUAUCUCUAACCGUGAAGAGGAGCCGAUGGACAUUGAGGGGGAAGGCAUGACCGAAGAAGAUGAUAGUGAGGAAGAUGAAGAGGAUGAUGAUGAAAAUGUACCAUUGGCAUCAUAUGUGAAACGCAUCUGCUCCAUUCCACAAAUCGAAGAAAUGGAAGUCUUCACAGAGUUAAGUGCAGGAGGUCAAGGCUAUGCAGUCCAACAAGAACAGCCUCGUACUGUAGUCCAGAGUCACCUUGCAGAAGAGCUAAUGGAUACUGAGGUGGAAGAGAUUACUGAAGAGGAAGAUAGUGAGGAUGAUGAUGAAAAUGUACCAUUGGCAUCAUAUCGAAGGGUAACACUGAUCGAAGGCGGAGAAGGCUGUGCCGUCCAGCCAGACCAUCCCUUUACAGUAGUCCAGAGUCACCUGGAAAAGAACUCCCUCCUUGAAGAAUGUCCCAGGCUCCCCCCAAAAUCUGCAACAGUGCAGGAACAAGGAAGGGUAACACUGAUCGAAGGCGGAGAAGGCUGUGCCGUCCAGCCAGACCAUCCCUUUACAGUAGUCCAGAGUCACCUGGAAAAGAACUCCCUCCUUGAAGAAUGUCCCAGGCUCCCCCCAAAAUCUGCAACAGUGCAGGAACAAGGAAGGGUAACACUGAUCGAAGGCGGAGAAGGCUGUGCCGUCCAGCCAGACCAUCCCUUUACAGUAGUCCAGAGUCACCUGGAAAAGAACUCCCUCCUUGAAGAAUGUCCCAGGCUCCCCCCAAAAUCUGCAACAGUGCAGGAACAAGGAAGGGUAACACUGAUCGAAGGCGGAGAAGGCUGUGCCGUCCAGCCAGACCAUCCCUUUACAGUAGUCCAGAGUCACCUGGAAAAGAACUCCCUCCUUGAAGAAUGUCCCAGGCUCCCCCCAAAAUCUGCAACAGUGCAGGAACAAGGAAGGGUAACACUGAUCGAAGGCGGAGAAGGCUGUGCCGUCCAGCCAGACCAUCCCUUUACAGUAGUCCAGAGUCACCUGGAAAAGAACUCCCUCCUUGAAGAAUGUCCCAGGCUCCCCCCAAAAUCUGCAACAGUGCAGGAACAAGGAAGGGUAACACUGAUCGAAGGCGGAGAAGGCUGUGCCGUCCAGCCAGACCAUCCCUUUACAGUAGUCCAGAGUCACCUGGAAAAGAACUCCCUCCUUGAAGAAUGUCCCAGGCUCCCCCCAAAAUCUGCAACAGUGCAGGAACAAGGAAGGGUAACACUGAUCGAAGGCGGAGAAGGCUGUGCCGUCCAGCCAGACCAUCCCUUUACAGUAGUCCAGAGUCACCUGGAAAAGAACUCCCUCCUUGAAGAAUGUCCCAGGCUCCCCCCAAAAUCUGCAACAGUGCAGGAACAAGAUAUUCAUGAUCCAGACCAGCCAAGUUGUGAAAGCCUCCUUUGUGAAGAUUCUCCAGUUACAUUUUUCAUCAGAAGGAAGGUGAUCGAGGCAUACUUCUGAAAGAAGCUAAGUAACUUUAUUCACAUACAUGUGUAUUAGGUUUUUUCUUUUUAACACGGGCAACAAACUGUGCUGUAGUAACAAUUGCAAUUAUUUUUCCAUGCAGAUAAUGGUCCAGCAUCUCUUGUCUGCAUUUAAUUUAACUAGAAUCACAUAACUGUACCUGACUGAUAUGUGCAGUCAGUAAUUCUUAGUGUACUAUUUAGAUUGCAAUUGCUAUCAUGGUUUGCAACCGCAUGAAUGGCUUUUUGAAAGCUUCAUUUGUGUAAAUCUUACUGUGCCAGUUAACAAUUCAUUGUGUCAUUUCUUAAAGGAAUAAUAAGAUGCAUUGCAAUUAGGACCUGUACUGCUGUCACAGUGAUGGUCAUUGAAUUUUGGACUGGUUGUAUUACCAGUCACAGAAUAGAUCCAGAGUAUGGCCCUUUUCCCUUUCAACUAUAAGCAGGGAAGUAUAUUCCACUUUCAGUCUUUUGAUAUACUUAAAAAAAACGAAUCUUUUAUUGUUGAUAACAUAUGAAUUGAUCAGCAGUAAAUUUAGAUAAAUUGGAGACAUUUUAACAUUUACUUAUUAACACAGCUACACCUAGACUUUUACAGGAAAGGUGCUGAAUGUCACACUGUGGACUGUAUGCUGAACUCGUUUUGAUACAUUCACAUAUCAAAUCUUUAGAAUGCACACUUUUGCUCUGAUCUUGGUUACUAGUUGCAGCUAUUCUACCAGGAAUUUUAAGAUGCAUUGAGUAGAAACGAGAGGACCUAAAGCCGUCGGUCCCCUGGUUGUUUACUUACUAACAAGCAUUUAUGCUUUCUUAGCAGUCAGGUAAAUUAACAACCAGUAAAAAAAAAAGUUGUAUCAAUAUUAAGCAGGACUUGUGCUGUCACAGUGAUGGUCAUUAAAUUCUGGACUGGUUGUAUUCCAGUCACAGAAUAGAUCCAGAGUACGGCACUUUUCCCCUUAAACUAAUUACCUAGAAUGCAUACUUUUGUUGUUGAGUAUGACCAUUUAUCUACUUUGGUCUUGGAAAACUGCCAAAUUAGGGCCAACUGUUACUGUUUUCUAAAACUCAUGUUUAGCAGGACUUGUGCUGUCACAGUGAUGGUCAUUGAAUUCUGGACUGGUUGUAUUACCAGUCACAGAAUAGAUCCAGAGUAUGGCACUUUUCCUCCUAAAUUGAGCAGGGACGUUUAUUCCACAGUCAUUACACGUCACACAUUGUAUGUGACACUGUAGAUUGUACGCUAGACUUGUUUUCAUGCAGUUACAGAUCAAAUUCCUAGAAUGGCACUUUUGCUCUUGAGUAAUACAAUUUAUCUAUAUUUUUAGAAAAAAAGCCAUGAUAAUGAUUACUUGUGUCUUUUCUUCCAGAAAUUUCAAGAUGCAUCCAGAGCCGGUACAGCACCUCUCCUUAACAGAGUACAGCACCUCUCAUUAAAGUAAGCAGGGAAGUUCAUUCCGCUAUCAAUCUUUAGAUAUGCUUCGAAAAACCUUUUCUUUUAUUUUUGAGAAAUAUUAAUUGAUGAGCAAUACAUUUUCAUAAAUUUGACAGGUUAGGUGGA